UGAUCAAUAACUACCUUGUUGUGCGUGUAGGCAACAAUGAUUCUCAUGUGUAUUUUGUAUUUUUAAUAAGAUUUGUCGUCACCAACGUGAAGAUAACCGUUAGCUGGUUGCUAGCUGGCUAAUCAUCACUUCCUAGCAGAGCACUGCGACAAGACUAAAAUCACCUUUUAUACCAACACAACGACACAAAGGGGUGUCUAAAUGUGCCAAUAAGUGUAUAUAUAGAUAGACAACAUGUACACACAGAUGACCAGGACUUUGAGUGGGAGCCUCCAACAGAGUCAGAGAUGAAGGUGAUCCAGGCUCGCAGGGAACGACAGGACAAGAUCAGCAAACUGAUGGGAGACUACCUGCUCAAAGGAUACAAGAUGCUGGGAGAGUGCUGUGAUGCAUGUGGGACAAUUCUUCUCCAGGACAAACAGCAGAAAAACUACUGUGUCUCAUGCCAGGAGCUGGACUCUGAUGUUGACAAGGACAACCCUGCUCUGAAUGCGCAGGCAGCUUUGUCCCAAGUGAGAGAAAGACAGCUUGCGGCCCAGACCGCUGCAACGGCCCAGUCCCCCGAACUCAACGGAGGCCCCAGCACCAGUCAGGCAGGUGUGUCAGUUGCUCAGCCCAGACCGGAGCACUGUGAGGGGGCCGCCGCGGGGGGGAGAGCUCUCCUACCUCCACCUGCUGUCCCUGCUCCUUCAGCUCCUGCCCCCACCCCUGUCCUGGCACCUACUCGCCCCCCAGUUGCUCCACAGAGUGCUGCCAUCCAACCUGCGCUGCAAGAAGCUGAAGAGGCUAUUCUAGUCAAACUCCGUUGGGCCACUAACCAGCUACAGAGUUCGACCUCCCUGGAGUCAAGUAUCCAGCUCUGCAGCCUCAUCGCCAGCUGUGCCAACUCGCUGCGCAGCCUCAAGGAGCUCACCCAGUAGCCAUCAUGGAAAAGGUUGAAACCCUGGAACGCUGUUUCUACUUGCCUCUGUCCUGGAAUACUGACUCUGGUUCGCUGCUUUGCAGCAUCUCUCUCUGACUGAAUCCUUGCGUAGAGCUGAAUUCAAAAAUUGGUCAGGAAAUGCACUUGAAAUAGGAUUUAUUAUGUCAAAAGUUCACGAUUUGCUCUUGAGUUAAAGUACCUACAUGGCUGGCAGAAAUAUCAUGUUACAUUGUUUUGAGUACAAACGUUUUGAGCAUUUGACUGUUUUUGUCAAUUUGUAAGUUAUGAUUUAAUGACAAGAACUGAACAUUUCUCAAUGCACAUUCAUCAUUGGUAUGAAUUUAAAACCAUCUGGCCAUUAAAAUAUUUAAAAAUGCGACUUAUAUUCUGCAGUAAAAGACUGCUAACGUAUUUCCAUAGUUUGAUUGGCUUUGAUUAAUCCUAAAUGGCCACCAAAUUGACAUCUGGGAAAAUAACAUCCGUUUUCUGAUUGGUUGUUCAGUAGUAUCCAAAAAACGGUGUUGGUUUGCAAAUCACAAAAUUAAAAACAAAAGCUAGAACCCCAGUGCACGAAUGUAUAAUUGUGAGUCUGCACAAGCAAGAGAGCCUAUGCUGAUGUACAACAAUCUACUAGACUGUAAAAAUGUGUAGUCUGUCGGUAAAAUGUUAAACACACAUCAGUCCUCUGAUCAGAGGUGCUUUUUUUUCUAUUUGCUGUUCAGUCUGACAGUCAGAUGGAGUCUUUUGUCUUUGACUCUCUGGUGAUGCAAAGAUUGUCAUUGUGUGCGGGCAGUUCUGAGGUUUUUAUUGUAAAUAUAUUUGAUAAAUGAUGGUGAUGAUGAUGAUGAUGAUGGUCACGUGGUUCGGUGAUGCUCAGAUGAGACGGGGCGACAUUCAGGAGUCAAACUCAUAAUUUUCAUUAAAACCAUCUAGAGCAAAUAAACGGUGCACUGUACAUCAAUACACAGCACUUAUAUACAGAUACGUAUUAGAUAAAAGCCUGCUUCAGUGUUGUUCAAGGCAGUUAGAGUUAUCUAAUUAUGUACCUGAAUAAAGCUUUGCCUGUUCAGGAGUUCUGCAGUUUCUUUCUUUCCACAAGAGGGCGCCAAAUGUAACGCUGCAAAGUUUAAUUGGAAAACGCUGUAUUUAAAUAAGUAGCAUUUUAAGUACCAAUAAAAAUGUAAAUUGCAUAUCUGUU